GUGUAAGCUUCAUUAUCAAUGUUUGAAACAUUCUAGGCUCGUUUUCAUAAAGAUUUCAUUCGGGAUCUGCACAGUAUCUUGAUUUCAUAUAAAUGCUCUAGUAAGUUCAACUUCAACAAAGUGUAAAGGGUUCUAGUGGAGUCUAAAACCUUGGUGUGUCCUGGUACAUCAGCACGAUGAGUCCUAAAAUGCAGGGUCUUUCAUGGAAAUCUUUUAAAAAGAAUUCAAUGUUAGCUCCUCUGUUUCUAGCUAUCGGACUCGGAGGUUUAGGCGCAGCGGGUUAUUUAUUACGUCUGGCUCUUCGAAGCCCUGAUGUUACGUGGAAUAGUAGAAGGAAUCCCGAACCAUGGAACGAAUAUAAAAAUAAAGAAUACAAGUUUAUAAAAAUUCACGAUAGACCUAACGUAGCUUCACCUGCGCCGGAAUACUAAAUAGCUAAACUACAAUUUAUCAGUUAAGCUAAUUUGUAAUUUAUGUAGGUAAUUUUCUCUUAUAUUACCGACAGGUGAUUAUUAGUAGUAAUAUUGAACAAAUAUAUUGUAUAAAUGAUAUUUAGAUAACAUGUAUGUAUGAAAUAAAUAUUUAAAU